CUUUAAUGGAAUGAGAACUUCCUCAAGCUCAUCCUUCUGUUGUAGUUCGAGAAUUUGAUCUGAAAGCUCAACUGUUGGAUCUCUGCAGUCUUGAUGAAACAGAUUUGAGUUGAAAUGUCGUCUUCCAGGCCUAGUCAGUCUUCUAGCAAUUCAGCAAAAUCAAAACGCAGUGCUAGGAUCAUAGAACAGACAACCAUAGAUGCUAAGCUCCAUGCUGAGUUUGAGGAAUCAGGUGAUUCCUUUGAUUACUCAAGCUCAAUCCGAGCCACAGGCAUGAAAACCGAAGAGCAGAAACCGAGGUCUGACAAAGUAACCACAUCCUAUCUCCAUCAAAUCCAAAAAACCAAAUUCAUCCAGCCAUUCGGCUGUUUGUUAGCUCUGGAUGAAAAAACAUUAAAAGUCAUAGCAUUCAGUGGAAAUGCUCCUGACAUGCUAACAGUGGUCAACCACGCUGUUCCGAGCGUUGGGGACCAUUCUGUUCUCGGUAUUGGAACUGAUUUCAGAACCGUUUUUACUGGUCCGAGUGGAACUGCAUUGCAGAAGGCCUUGGGAUUUGGAGAGGUUGCUCUGUUGAAUCCCAUCUUAGUCCACUGCAAAACUUCCGGGAAGCCAUUUUAUGCAAUUGUCCAUAGGGUGACUGGUGGUCUGAUAGUUGACUUUGAGCCGGUGAAACCUUACAAAGCACCAAUGACUGCUGCAGGAGCUCUGCAAUCAUACAAGCUUGCCGCAAAAGCCAUUGCGCGGUUGCAGUCCUUGCCAAGUGGCAGCAUGGCAAAACUGUGUGACACUAUGGUCCAAGAAGUGUUUGAGCUAACAGGGUAUGAUAGGGUGAUGGCUUAUAAGUUUCACGAUGACGAUCACGGAGAGGUUGUUUCCGAGAUAGCCAAACCUGGGCUUGACCCUUAUUUGGGUCUGCAUUAUCCAGCAACCGAUAUCCCUCAAGCUGCACGGUUUCUUUUCAUGAAGAAUAAGGUCCGUAUGAUAUGUGAUUCCCAAGCAAAACUUGUGAGGGUGGUUCAAGAUGAGAAGCUAUCAUCUGAUUUAACACUGUGUGGGUCCACGCUUCGGGCACCCCACGCUUGCCAUUUACAGUACAUGGAGAACAUGAGCUGCAUAGCAUCUCUGGUAAUGGCAGUAGUGGUAAAUGAGGGUGACGAAGAAGGUGAGGAGGGGCAAAAGAGGAAAAGGCUAUGGGGGUUGGUGGUGUGUCACAACACAACUCCGAGGUUUAUCCCUUUUCCACUUCGGUAUGCAUGCGAGUUUCUUGCCCAGGUGUUUUCCAUUCAUGUAAACAAAGAAAUAGAGUUGGAAAUGCAGAUUGUAGAGAAGAGCAUUUUACGCACCCAAACACUCCUUUGUGACAUGUUGCUUAGGGACGCGGCAUUAGGCAUUGUGUCUCAGAGUCCCAAUAUGAUGGAUCUUGUGAAGUGUGACGGUGCUGUUCUGCUGUAUAAGAGUAAGAUACACAGAUUGGGAGUCACUCCUACUGAUUUCCAGUUAAAUGAUAUUCUCUCUUGGCUUUCAGAGUACCAUGUGGACUCCACCGGCCUUAGCACAGAUAGCCUCUAUGAAGCCGGUUUCCCAGGGGCGGUUUAUCUUAGUGAUGCAAUAUGUGGGAUGGCUUCUGUCAGGUUAUCUGAAAAAGAUUGGCUUUUCUGGUUCCGGUCCCAAAAAGUGUCUGAAAUUUUCUGGGGCGGUGCAAAACAUGAACCGGGCGAGAAAGAUGGUGGGAAGAAAAUGCAUCCGAGAUCAUCGUUUAAAGCGUUUCUUGAAGUUGUUAAAAUGAGGAGUUCGCCUUGGAAGGACUACGAGAUGGACGGCAUUCAUUCUUUGCAGCUAAUAAUGAGAAACGCUUUCUUCAAGGAGGAGGUGGAGGGUAUGGAUGGGAUUGGGAUCCACACAAGACUUAGUGACCUGAUGAUUGAGGGGAGGGGGGAACUUGAAGCUUUGACGGGUGAGAUGGUUCGUCUCAUUGAGACGGCCACCGUGCCGAUCUUGGCUGUUUGCGUAGAUGGCCUGGUGAAUGGGUGGAACAAGAAAAUUGCCGAGUUGACCGGCUUAACGGUUGAUGCAGCGAUUGGGAAGGACUUGCUGACACUCGUGGAAGACUCUUCAGCUCAUGCAGUUGAAAAGAUGUUGAGUUUGGCAUUAGAGGGGAGAGAACAAAACAAUGUGCAGUUCGAGAUAAGAACAUAUGGGGAAAUGUCAGAAUAUGGUCCGAUCAGCUUAAUUGUGAACACCUGUACUAGCAGGGAUGCUCAAGAAAAUGUGGUCGGUGUCUGUUUCAUAGCACAGGACAUAACCGGACAAAAGACAGUUAUGGACAAGUUCACACGAAUGGAAGGAGAUUACAAGUCCAUUAUCCAAAACCCUAACCCUUUGAUUCCGCCUAUAUUUGGAACAGAUGAAUUCGGUUGGUGUUCCGAGUGGAAUUCAGCAAUGACUAAUUUAUCUGGAUGGCGUCGUGAUGAGGUCAUCGACAAGAUGGUAUUGGGUGAGAUUUUCGGGACCCAGAAAGCCUUUUGUCUUCUCAAAAAUCAAGAGACUUUUGUGAGACUGGGUGUUGUUCUGAACAAUGCUAUGGCAGGUCACGAGUCCGAGAAGACCGUGCUUGGUUUCUUUAAGAAAAAUGGGAAUUAUGUGGAGUGCUUGCUUUCCGUGAGCAAAAGAUUAGACGGAGAGGAUUCAGUCAAGGGGCUGUUUUGUUUUCUUCAGUUAGUGAGCCAUGAACUGCAACAAGCCCUUCAUCUUCAAAAAUUGUCCGAACAAGCUGCAGCGAAGAGGUUAAAAGUUUUAGCCUACUUAAGAAAGCAGGUCAAAAACCCUCUUUCUGGAAUUAUGUUCUCCCAAAAUAUGCUGGAGGGAACCACUGAUUUGGGAAAAGACCAGAGGAACAUAUUGCAUAGCAGUGGUCAGUGUCUGCAACAGCUCAGUAGAGUUCUUGAUGACAUGGAUCUUGAUUGCAUCAUCGAGGGAAUAAGCUGGAUAAGGUUACGAAACGAAGCAUUAAUGCUUAACUACACUGCGAAUAUUCCACCUCUUUCUUUUCAAGUUCCUAUGCUGGUAUCUGGAUCUAGAGAUGGUUGAAUUUAAGCUAGAUGAGGUUUUACUUGCUUCAAUUAGUCAAGUGAUGACAAAGGUCAAUGGAAAGAGUCUAAGGAUUAUUAGUAACGUAGCUGAAACUAAUCUUGGUCAAACAUUAUAUGGAGAUAGUCUGAGGCUUCAACAAGUCCUUGCUGAAUUUUUGUCAGUAGCUGCGAAUUUCACCCCAACUGGAGGCCAUCUUGCACUCACAUCUAGUUUAACAAAAGAUCGUUUGGGAGAAUCAGUCCAGCUUGCUCAUUUGGAAUCCAGAAUAACACACACAGGAGGUGGGGUGCCCGAAGAGCUGCUUACCCAAAUGUUUGGUAGUGAGGUGGAUGCAUUGGAGGAGGGAAUAAGCCUUCUUGUAAGUAGAAAGCUGGUAAAACUUAUGAAUGGGGAUGUUCAGUACCUCAGGGAGGCAGGGCGUUCCACUUUUAUCAUAUCCGUCCAACUCGCAGUUGCUAUUGAACCCCAACCAUGACAAACAAACAAGCAGAUUGGUGUUUGGAAACGGAACAGGCUUCUGCUUCACUUCUGUAUAUUCGUCUGUUUAUUUACUUCUUUCUUCUACUGUGUCGCCAAUGGGUUUUUAAUGAACCAUUAGCAACUUUUGUAAUGUACUCGUAUUCGGUAAAACUAAUACUCCCUCCGUCCCUAAAUAAACUUUCAUUUCGCUUUUCGAGAGUCAACGCAAAUCACAUUUAAACUCCUACUUUAUAUAUCAAAACUUUAAAAAAAUUGAAUUACUUUUUGCAGGUUUUGUAGCGAGUUCAAUGUAGUUUCUGAAUAUGUAAAUUUUAUUUACUAAAAAUAAUCGGAAUUUUCACAGGAAUCAUUUAACUUUAUCGUUGGUCAAACUUCGUAACCCGCAAUUGAAAGUUUAAUAUGGGACGGAGGCAGUACAAAUUUGGCUAAAAAGCAUCACUGACUCACCGUUGACAGGGACCGGGGCCUUUUUUCUGUCUGGAAUAUAGCUUUUCAAACUUCUAAUCUUUUCCAGUUCCGCUUCUGUUUGUUUUCAUUUGGGAAAACUGUCAAAUAGGUCCUCGAACU